GGUGGCCCUGUUUCAACCUUGGUCCUGGUUUAGAUCUCUGCAUUCACGUCGGUUUUUAUUCUUUCUCCUUCUUUGCCACCAGUCACGGUUGAGGCGGCAGGAUGUAGGCCUGAAGACUCACCUGGACCAGCUGGACCAACAGAUAAGCGAACUGCAGCUGGAUGUGAGCAGGUCGUCCUGCGAGGCCCUGGACAGUGACAGCAGGCCCAGCUCGGGCUUCUACGAGCUGAGUGACGGUUCCUGCUCCCUUUCCACCUCAUGUGCAUCUGUCUGCAGUGACCGCCUGUCCCCCUCACUGGGCAGCUGGCUGCCUGUGCUCCAUUCCUCUAAGUCCAGGUCUGGCAUGGGGGACUGGCGACCUCGCUCUGCUGAUGAGACCACUGUCCCUGCAUGGAGCCCACAGCCCAGUGGAGAAGAGAGCAGGUUCCCGCAUGGUGCAGAGGACACAGACCGCCCGAGGGGCAUGUUCCGGCCUAGACCGGUGUCUACAGGUGAUCUUGAGAGAGUCCUCCCAGAUGACCUGGGGCUUCAGAGAGCUGGUGCUGAUGCUGUACCCCCAUCCCUCCUCUGCCAGGGGAUAGAGGUCCCGGCCCACACACUGGACCCCAAGUACCAGCGUGAUCUGGUGGCCAGGGGUGGCCAGGAGGUGUACCCAUAUCCCAGCCCCCUCCAUGCAGUGGCUCUCCAGAGCCCGCUCUUUGCUCUGCCUAAGGAAGUGCCACGUUUUGACAUCUGCUCGCCUUCCCCGGAGCCUCCUCUGGUCCCUGUUGAUCAGAACAGGACUCAGGCUGGGUCUAUCCGCGAGCUGGGCUCGGCCGAAGCCUACAUCCACAGGCUGUUGCGUCUGCGGGGCCAAGAGCUCCCUCUGCCGGAUGAACUGCAGGAGCAGGGAGGGGACACGGCUCCUUUCCCACGGAAGCCAUGUGGCCAGAGGUCAGACAGUGGAGGUCAGCUUGAGAAGUUGGCCUACGGAGUGGACAGGGGAGGAACGAAACCAAGUAGGGAUGCUGCCAAGGACAGCCUCAAGCAACAGGGGCCUGUGUCCCUUGUGGAUACUGAGCCCCUCAGCAGCCCCCUGCAGGAGGAAAGCACAUGCUGGAAUCACUGUGUCCACGGAGACAGUUCUGUAAGUUUCUCUCUCUGCUCCCAGGCCCAGCAGCCCCACAAUGACUAUGGCCAAGGACAAGCCCUAUCACCAUCCAGGGUACUGGGUCCUGAGAGCCCCCCUCUGGACCCAGGGCCCUUUGCCUACCCUUCUUACACCACUGGUGAAACCUCCCCAGUGAGGCUGAGGAUGGGAUCUCCCCAGAGCAAGGUGGUGAAGGUCAGAAGAAGAAUCAGUGAUAAAGUGCCCAGGCUGGGGAAGCAGCUUCCACCACAACCCGAGAGACAGCAGGGCACCCAUGCUGUUGCAUUGACUCCAGAAUGGGGCCCCUCAUGCAGGCCCCAGCGGGGAGGGCUCAGCAGGGGCCCCACACUGGCCAGAGAGCCUCCUGGACGCUCCUGCUCUGAGUCCACCCUAUAUCCUGUGCCCUUCUUUGUCCCCCUAGUGGUGGCCCAGCAGGAAAGUUACCCAGCAUCCCAAGUUCUGUUCCCAAUGGAGGCAUCCCCCCUCAGCUCCGCAGCCAGGCGGAAGCAGCGCAGGUGGCAGUCUACUACAGAGAUCUCAGCCAAAGCCCGCUCGGUCAGCCAACCUGGGCCCAGCUUGGGUCCCCCUAAGUCCCCAAUCAGGAGAGUAGGUGGUCCCCAGGCCCAGAGCAGGCCCGCACUUGCCCGUCAGGAUGCCUGUGUGAGGAGCGAGUCCGACCCUUCGGAGCACUCGGCAGAGUGUGCCUCGCUGUUCCACUCCACCAUUGCCGAAACCAGCGAGGAUGAGGAAGCCAGUGACCACACUGCCAACCGCUUCGGGGACGAGUCUAGUAGCAACGAUUCCGAAAGCUGUGUCCAGAAUAGCCGCAGUGGCCUGGGGAGAGGCAACGCACAGGUUGGGCAGGGGGAGCGGGCGUGGCCUCGGGUGCCGCCCCAGCAGUCGCUACGGGCCCCAGGAAGCUCCAGGCCACCGCUUCCCCCUGUGCCCAAAUUGUGCCGCAUCAAGGCCUCCAAGGCCCUGAAGAAGAAGAUCCGCAGGUUCCAGCCAGCAGCCCUGAAGGUCAUGACCAUGGUGUGAGGCCAGUGUUUUAAGCCUAAGACCCCAGAACGCGCAAGGCCCUUCCACACCAUUUGAUGAGGAGGCUGAGGGAACCACACUGUCGGCUUGAGGUUUCUCAGUCACCCUCACUGUGGUUGUAAGUUCUCUCGGGUGAGUUUUCACCCAGCCGUUUUCAUUGCAUGAUUCCAGCUGCAGCUUUGCUCUCCAUCACGCUCUGGCUGGUAUGUGGGGAGAGGUCUCUAAGAAGGCAUUCCUUCCCAGAGACGGCUUAGGCCUGUCACAUCCUGUUCGGGGGACCAGAUUUGAAUUCAGCUUCACACUACACUCAUAUGAUAAAUGCCUGCACGAUGCUGAUGUCGUACCAAAUAAAAGAACCACAUUCCCCUUCUGCAGCCGCUGUCCUGUCUGUCUGCCUUCCUAACAUGGGAUGUGCACUGACCCAAGGGAGGAAAGGCUUUUUGAGAGUAGAGCCUAAAUUCUGGAUUCAACACAGGUGAAUUGAGUAGGAAAAAAAAUU